UGGUGCCGCUGCGAUCCGGCGGCAUCCGGGGUGCCGCCCGCCCCCGGCGGCCGCCCGCGCCCUGCGCUUUGUGCGUGCGGCGGCCAGCAGCAUGCGGGAGGAGCGGCACCGCGUGGGAAGCGGCGAGGCGGAGCGCCCGCGCCGCCCCAGCUGCUGCACCUCGGGGGGCAGGCGCCCCAGAGAGCCCUGAGCGGCCCGGCGGUAGGUUUGAUUUUCCUUGACCGAUAAUUCAAGGCACAAAGGAGCUGGUAAAGGCAUUGCCAUGAAACCUAACUUGAAGCAAUGGAAACAACUCAUGCUGUUUGGGAUCUUCGCAUGGGGUCUACUUUUUCUGGUGAUAUUCAUCUAUUUUACAGAUAGCAACACUGCUGAACCAGUUCCGAGUUCCUUUUCUUACAUUGAAACUAAGAGGCUUCUGCCCCUUCAGGGCAAACAGAGAGUCAUCAUGGGAGCCAUUCACGAUCCAUCAUUCUCUGAAAGCAUCAAUGGGAAUGAAGUACUUCUUAAUGAAGAUCUCUUGGGUACGUUUAAAUCAGAAACUGGUAGCAUUAAGAAAUGGACUGAUUUAGAAGAUGCUUUUAGAAAUGAAGAUGAGUUUUUUCCAUCUCAGAUAGGAAGAAAAUCAAAAAGUGCUUUCUACCAAGUGAAUGAUGAUUAUUUAUUUGCUGCUGGUCAGCCUCAGUCAAACAACCACCUUCAAGAGAUAACAAAAUUAAUCUCAGCCAAUGAGGAUAAUCCAAAAGUAAAUGUUUUACAGAACAACUGGAGCCAUCAGAGAAGAAUGAGGAGAAGGAGCACAAAGCACAGGAGAAACCAGAUGCUGGAUGAAUCUGAUGACUGGGAUGGGCUAUAUUCCACAAUGUCAAAAUCCUUUCUUUACAAGCUUUGGAAAGGGGAUGUCUCUUUCAAGAUGCUAAACCCUCGACUCCAGAAGGCAAUGAAAGAUUAUUUGAGCACCAAUAAGCAUGGGGUGCGGUUCAAGGGGAAACGAAACUCCAAGUUGACAGGAGACCAGCUAUUCUGUGAGCUAAAAGAAAGGGUGAAUGUGAAAACAAUAGAUGGCAAGGAGGCUCCCUUCUCCACUCUUGGAUGGGAAAAGCACGUUCCCCAAAUUCCACUGGGUAAAUUGUAUACACAUGGCUUUGGGAGCUGUGCUGUAGUUAUGUCUGCUGGUGCAAUACUGAACUCCUCUCUAGGGGAUGAAAUAGAUUCUCAUGAUGCUGUUCUAAGAUUUAAUUCUGCUCCAACUCGUGGCUAUGAAAAAGAUGUUGGAAAUAAAACCACCAUGCGGAUCAUUAACUCUCAGAUUCUCGCCAAUCCAAAUCAUCACUUUGUUGACAGCUCCUUGUACAAAGAUGUUAUCUUAGUAGCUUGGGAUCCUGCCCCCUACUCUGCAAAUCUGAAUGUGUGGUAUAAGAAGCCGGACUACAAUCUGUUCACUCCCUACGUACAGCAUCGCAGGAAGAAUCCAAACCAGCCGUUUUACAUUCUCCAUCCUAAGUUUAUAUGGCAGCUCUGGGACAUCAUUCAGGAGAAUACUAAAGAGAAGAUACAGCCCAACCCUCCUUCUUCAGGUUUUAUUGGUAUCCUCAUCAUGAUGUCCAUGUGUAAUGAAGUGCACGUGUACGAAUACAUCCCUUCAGUCCGACAGACUGACCUCUGUCACUACCAUGAACUCUACUACGAUGCGGCAUGUACCUUAGGAGCCUACCACCCACUGCUCUAUGAGAAGCUGUUGGUGCAGAGGAUGAACAAAGGCUUACAGGAUGAUCUGUAUCGUAAAGGGAAAGUCAUUUUGCCAGGGUUCAAAGCUGUCAAGUGCCCUGACCGAUAUAAUUUCCCACACUUAUAGAAGAGAAUCCUUCAGAAACAAUGUGCAAUAAGGUACUACUGUCAUACUAUAAACAGGAAGAGAAUACUUGAAAAAUGUAUCUUAGACCAAUCUAGUCUUGAGUCUAUAAAUUGUAAUUAAGUAGCAGGCAUGAGAAAUACUUCUUUUCUGAGCCUGAGUAUUUAUUAUUGCUUUGCAAACAGUUAAGGAAAAAAACCAAACAGGCUUAGCUCAUGAAAAGUGCAAAGGACAUACUUAGGCAGAAAUAUAUUGUAUUGUUGUGGGUGUGACUGUCAGAAUUUAUUGGUGGUCUCUUAUGCCACAUAUGCUAGACGGUAACUUUUGUUUUUUACAUGAACUUAACUGUCAAACCUGGCAUUGUGAAACAGCCUCUAUUGUCCAUGUACAGAACGGCCAGUUGAACAAUGCAGUUUCUCAUGGCUCCAUGGGAAGGAAUUUCACACUUUCCAAGAAUGAUCUCAUCACUACUCCAAGCUGUGCAGUCAUUGACAAGAACAAACUUUAAUUCCUCAGACACCGGUUCAGUUACAGACCUCCAGCUGU